UUAUUUUGGCUGAACCGGUAAAACGACAAGACCCUCUUCCUUUUUCUGAAACACGUUGUGAAGUGCGUGUGAAAAAUGAGUUCCUUAAAACUUCAGAAGAGGCUUGCAGCCUCUGUUAUGAGAUGCGGUAAAAAGAAGGUAUGGUUGGAUCCUAAUGAAAUCAACGAGAUUGCCAACACCAACUCAAGACAAAAUAUCCGUAAAUUGAUUAAAGAUGGUCUUAUUAUCAAGAAGCCUGUGGCAGUGCACUCCCGUGCUCGUGUACGUAAAAACACGGAAGCCAGAAGAAAGGGUAGGCACUGCGGUUUUGGUAAAAGGAAGGGUACAGCAAACGCCCGUAUGCCCCAAAAGGAAUUAUGGGUGCAACGCAUGCGCGUGCUCAGAAGACUCCUGAAGAAGUACCGCGAGGCAAAAAAGAUCGACAGACAUCUGUACCACGCCUUGUACAUGAAGACCAAAGGUAAUGUGUUCAAGAACAAGAGAGUGUUGAUGGAAUACAUCCACAAGAAGAAGGCCGAGAAGGCGCGCGCCAAGAUGCUCAGCGACCAGGCCAACGCAAGAAGACUCAAGACCAAACAGGCCCGUGAGCGUCGUGAAGAACGUAUUGCCACCAAAAAACAGGAGAUUCUUCAAAACUACCAGCGCGAAGAUGAAUUGGCGGCAGCCAAGAAAUAAUUUUAUUAUUAGUGGACGUUUAUACAAUAAAUAAGAAAAAAGUUA